UAGAACUACUUGCGGAAGUUGAAACAUACACUAAAAUUCAGUGAACAUUAUUCUAUUGCUAAUACCUUGUCAAAUGACAGUAUGAUGGCGACCAACGCGAGGAUAGUUUGGAUUUGGUCCUUGUUUGUUUUUAUUUUAGUACUUUUUGAGGCAAUAAAUUAUUGCGAUGGAAGACGCUAUGGAUUUCCAGCACGUACUCUACAUUCAUAUUCUACAGAGAAGAACAAAGACUUCUUGCCGACAACGUUUUCUGGGCAUAGCGACUCCCAUUCGAGUUCGAAACAAGUUGUGGAACUAAGCAAUACUAUUACUUAUAAUCAACUACCAGAAGAAGAAUCAGGGGAUUCGUAUACCGGUUUUCGCAAGUAUGAUACGGGGAAUUUUAUCGUCGGUAGGCCCGGCAGGGAAAAAAGAUCACCAGCAACGACACAUAAGCCUAUUAUUAAUCAUUUCCCUUUGAAUGAUAGUCAUGAGCAGCUUUCAGUUCUUUGGGCUGGAAAAAACAGCAAAAUAGUGAUUUGUUUGGCUCGCAAUCGAGUGAUCCAAGAGGGCAGUAGCUCCAAGGUAUUUUUUUCCUAUAAUUAUGGAAAAACUUUCUCAGAAGUACAGGAAAAGUUUAUGCGCAUAUCUCCAGAAAAGACUUCAACAAUUUCUAUGUUUUAUAUUAGUCCUGUGACAAACAAUAGGUAUAUUUUCACAGAUGUCACCCAUGGGUAUCUCUUUCUAACUCAAGACUUUGGAGAAACCUUUGAAUCUGCAUCUGUUCCUUUCAAACCCGAAGUGAUAGCAUUUCAUCCAACACGGGCUGAUGUGGUCUUGGGAAUGGAUAAAAAUGAUAAAGAAAAAAAGUUGUGGCUGUCUGAAGAUUUUGGAGUUACAUGGAAUGAGCUAGAUAGGCAUGUCAAGGCUUUUUUUUGGGGUGUUGAGAAUAUUGAUGCUGAUGAUGUGCUGUUUGUGGAGAGACAAGAACCUGAAAAAAGAUCAACUGUUUUGAAACUUAGAUUAUUUAAAGCAGAACUAGAAAAAGAAGUGUUGUUAACAAAUGCUGAGGACUUUGAAGUGAGAGAAAAAUAUAUUUUUGCUACAAAGAAACAGCAACUCUUUGGAUCAAAUAAUAAAAAUGGAACACUUCAGUUGUGGAUCUCUUACAACAGAGGACCUUUCCAGAAUUCAAGAUUUCCAAAUCACUUAGACCGUAAGGACUUCUAUAUUGCUGAUGCUAGUGAAGAUCAGGUCUUUGUUUGUGUUAUGCAUGAUGCUUUUGAAACCAACCUGUACAUAUCAGAUGUUAAAGGCACCAGUUUCUCACUGUCACUAGAACGUGUACUUUAUUUGAGCUCAAAAGCUCCUUUACCUGGGUUGUAUGACAGUGAGGACUCGUUAGUUGAUAUACACAAAGUGGAUGGUCUGAGAGGUGUGUAUAUUGCUACUCAAGUCAAGAAGGGAGCCCACAUGGAGAACUUGUUGGAGAAUCUGGUGUCAGUAAUUAGCUUUGAUAAAGGUGGAGAAUGGGCUCCUCUGAGACCUCCUAAAGUAGAUAGUAAUGGUAACCCCAUUUCUUGUCAGCUGAGUGAAGGCUGUUCCUUACAUUUGACUCACAAGUUUAACCAAGUCUUUCACACUAAUGUACCACCGAUUUUAUCCAAAGAGUCAGCUGUUGGAAUAAUUGUUGGAUCAGGUGUCGUUGGGAAGUCCUUGAAAGGUCAUCCAAGUGUUUUUGUGUCUUCAGAUGCCGGAAUCAGCUGGCAUGAGAUUUUAAAUGGAAACUACCAAUAUACUUUUGGAGAUUUUGGAGGCAUUAUUGUAGCUGUUCAACUGUACAAUAGAGGUGGAGAAACCAACUGGCUCCUAUACUCUUUGGACAUGGGAGAAACAUGGACAAGGGCUAACUUUACUGAACCCGAAAACAGCAUCCGGGUCUAUGGCUUGAUGACAGAGCCAGGAGAGAAAACAACUGUCUUCACAAUUUUUGGCUCCUUGCCUAACCAUCAUCAGUGGCUUUUAGUAAAAGUUGAUCUACAAAAUGUGUUUUUAUAUACUUGCAAAAAAGAGGAUUAUAAAGAGUGGAUUCCACAUGCACCAAACACUCCUUGUCUUCUGGGGCGUAAGCAGGUGUUUGAGCGUCGCAUUGCACAUGUGCUUUGUUACAAUGGAAGGGAUUAUGAAAGACCUGUUCGUGAAGAAGAGUGUCCAUGUUCUAGAGAAGACUAUGAGUGUGACUUUGGAUUUAAAGAAGAUGAUAUAAUACAUAUGUGUGUCCGAGAUUCUGACAGUGAAGGAAAUCCUUAUGCAAUUCCUGAUACGUGCUCUCCAAGCAAUUUCUAUAACAGGACUAAAGGUUACCGGAAAGUGUCAGGUGAUACAUGCAAGGGAGGCAGCAAUUACCGUUAUGAUCCAGAGCUUAUCUCUUGUCCAGAUAAAAGUGAGACAGAGUUCUUGCUGUUUGCUCAAAGGACAAAAGUAAGCCGUAUCCCACUCAACACAGACAGCGUUACUUGGGAUACUCUUGCUCUUCCUGAUCUGAAGAAUGUUAUUGCUGUUGACUAUGAUUACCACAACAAUUGUGUUUUUUGGGCUGAUAUAAACCAAAAGAAAAUUAUGAGAAUGUGUCUUGAUGGACAAAAAUCAGCAGAAGUUCUUGUAGAGAAAGAUUUAAUGAUUAUUGAAGGGUUAGCUUUUGAUUGGAUCAGCAAGAAUUUAUACUUUGUCGAUGGUGGACUGGCCAGAGUUGAAGUUAUUCGUACUGACAUCAAUUAUGCUGGGAGGAUGAGGCGAGAAUUGAUAAAUAAGACAAUGGUUGAUAAGCCACGAGGUAUUGCUGUACAUCCUGCAAGAGGACUAAUGUUUUUAACUGACUGGAGCAGUUCAAAACCCUCGGUAGCGAGAGCAUACUUAGAUGGCAGCAACUUUGUACGACUGUUUGAUAAAUCUGUUGUUACCUGGCCUAAUGGAAUAGCAGUUGAUUAUCUUAGUGACCGAAUUUUUUGGGUAGAUGCUCGCAAAGACUAUGUAGCAUCAGCAGAUCUCGAUGGUCAGCACUUUCGUUAUGUGUUGAAGGGAGGAUUAAUCAUUCCACAUCCAUUUUCUGUUACUGUUUUUAAAGACUGGAUCUAUUUUGAUGACUGGAACAGAGGUCAGAUCUUGGAAGCCAAUAAAGUUGAUGGUGCUGGCUUGAAGGUUUUGGUCGGUGAUUUAUCACAGCCUAUGGCGUUGAAGGCUUUUGGACAUGGUGUACAACAGGGAACUAAUAUGUGUCAAAAUAUAACCCACGGGAUGUGCAGCCACCUGUGUAUGGGUCGUCCAAAUAACAGUCGCACCUGUUUAUGUCCUGAUGGUAUGAAGAUACAGAAAUUGAUUGAUGGAAAUGAAAAAUGUUUGUGUCCUAAUGGAGAGGCUUUGCGUAAGAAUGGAACAUGUGUAGCAUUGAAUUCCACUUGUGCACCUGAGCAGUUCACUUGUAGUAACGGGCUUUGCAUACCUAACCUGUGGAAAUGUGAUGGAGACAACGACUGUGGAGAUAAUAGUGACGAAUAUAACUGUCAGCUUCACACGUGUGAUGAGAACCAAUUUCUCUGCCCUUCUGGACGUUGUAUCCCCAACACAUGGAAGUGUGACACUGAUAAAGACUGUGAAGAUGGUUCAGAUGAAAAGGACUGCCAUUUCAAAGCAUGUGGAGAAAUGGAGUUCCAAUGUGACAAUGGCCGCUGCAUCCAAGAACAAUUUCGUUGUGAUUUUGACAAUGACUGUGGAGAUGGUACUGAUGAAAGUAAUUGCACAACCACUGCAGUUCCCACAACAAGUAGUAGUACGUCAUCACCAGAAGUGUUCAACACCACAUGUGCUUCCUUCAUGAUGAGAUGUGACAAUGAACAUUGCAUUCCUUUCUGGUGGCAGUGUGAUGGUGUUGAUGACUGUGGAGACAACUCUGAUGAAGAAUCAUGUGGUUCAUCUGAAAAUAGCACAAAGGCAGAAGUUGUAACGGCUGAAGUUGCCAAUGCAACCUGUGGAGAAGAUCACUUCCGUUGUCUAUCAGGAAAAUGCAUUAGGAAUUCAUGGGUUUGUGAUGGUAAUAAAGAAUGUGAAGAUGGAGAUGAUGAAAAAGAUUGUAGUGGUGUUGCAACUUGUGGGCCCACAGAUUUUCAUUGUUUCAUGAGUAUGGGCUGUGUUCCACAAAGUGACGUUUGUAAUGGGAUACCUAAUUGUGGAGAUAAUAGUGAUGAGUGGAACUGUAAUGACAAGAGUAUAAAUGCGACACUUCCUGUGACUUGUAAUCCUAGUCAGUUUACCUGCCAUAGUGGAGAAUGUUUAUCACUUCAAAACAGAUGUGAUAACAAACCAGACUGUUAUGAUGGUAGUGAUGAAGAGGGAUGCACAGAUGUCUAUAGAGUUGAAUACCUUACUGUGGAUGUAAAGAGUGUCAGUACAACAGGUUUCACAGUAAUGUGGAAAAAACCCAUAAAGACCUUGGACUUCGAGUACAAAUUAUCCUACAGGUUUGUUGUUUUACUGAAGUUUCUUCAUGUGGAUCAACUCAGUUCAAGUGCACAGAAGGUGGGAACUGUGUGCCUGCCUUUUGGAGGUGUGACGGAGACAAAGACUGUGGAGAUGGUUUAUUUCUCCCCGCCUACUCCUCCUCUUUCCAUCACUGUAAAUGGCUCUGAACAUAAAAAGGCCAUCACUUUUUAUUUUAAGCCAGGUGAAACAUACACAUUCUGGGUGACGGCCAUUUCAGGUAGACUAGAAAGUCUGAAUUCGUUACCGGCUCAGCUAUCUUUUGCUGAGGAUUUUAUUAUUCAGCCAGUGACAAAACUGAGAAAACAAGCCAUAACCAAUACAUCAGUUACUCUUGUGUGGGACAAACUGAAAGAGAAGGUGGAUGGUUAUAUUGUAGAAUACAGAAAUCAGUAUGAACAUGAGAAUUACCUGUGGAUGAAAAAAAAGACCAAGGAACCUUCUAUUAAAAUUUCACCACUGGCUCCUGGUUCAAAGUACACUUUCAGAGUUUGUGGUUACAAUGGAGAAUUCAAAGGUGGAGAGAGUAAAUUAGAUAUCAUCACCCCAGGAAAACCUUUACAAUCUGUGAAUGUGACAAAACAAGAAGUAAAUGGAACAAGGAUAAGACUGGAAUGGACUCCAGUUGACGAUGGUCGCCAUGUCAAAUGGGUGUAUGGGAUUUAUCUCUUACAUCCCAGCAGUAGGAUACCUAGUAUGUCAGUUUUAUCUUUGUACUAAUCUUAACAGAUCUGA